AUGUCCAUGAUUAGUACAGGGGUGCUUUCAGCAGACCCCGGAGCUGAUAAGAUACACAAGAAAUUGUUCCACCACAGGAACGACUCCGGCGAGCUCGAUGUUUUUGAAGCUGCAAGGUACUUCUCAGGAUACAAUGAAGCUCCCAGCAGCCAUAAAAACAACAAGACAUCGGCAUUUUCGCAGAGGAUGAUGAAAGAAGACAGAUCGUCAUGGAGAGGAGGCAGAAUCAGCCUUGACAUGCCUAUCAGACACAUGCUCCAUCAUCCUCAGCAAAACCCUAAUCACCAUAACCAAGUGGCGAUGGAAAAGCAAAGCAACAUCAAAGACAAGAAGUACAAGCAACCAAGCUCUCCAGGCGGGAGGCUGGCCAGCUUCCUGAAUUCUCUAUUCAACCAAUCGGCGUCCAAGAAGAAGAAGUCGAAAUCCAGCGCCACACAGUCCAUGAAAGAUGAGGAGGAGAGCCCGGGUGGGAGAAGGAAGAGGAGGAGCAGCAUUAGUCAUUUUCGAAGCUCUAGCACCACGGAUGCCAAGUCCGUGUAUUCCUCAUCCAGUUCAGGAUUUCGAACACCUCCACCUUAUAGCCAUGCUCAAAUGGUAGCCUCCAAUAGCUACAAAGAUUUGAGAAGCUAUUCGGAUAAUCACGAGCAGCAAUAUCAACAGCAGCAGCAGCAGCAAACGGUUUCCUUAUCAAAGUACAAUACGAACUUCGAUGAGAAAAGAUCAUCAAACAAAGAACUGACUUGGUUGGAUCAUGAGAAGUUCAAAUUAUCGGAGAAGUAUAAGAUUAGUUCCGACCAGGACCACAAGGGUUUGCUCAGGAGGCUCAGUGAGGUUGUUGAUGACGAGCGGGAAGAUGAAGGUGCAGAGAGUGAUUCGAGCUCUGAUCUUUUCGAGCUGCAGAAUUAUGACUUGGGUUAUUACUCGAGCGGCCUUCCUGUGUACGAAACUACAAAUGUAGACAACAUCAAGAUCAGAUCAGUAACACCAAUUUCCAAUGCCUCAUCCUAA